CAACACCGGCCACUCUGUCCCAACCGUGGCCACAGGUUCGCCCGCGGCUGGGGGACGACGGACUCCCACCAGACUCCGGCUCCGGCGCAUCGCAGUUUCACGCGGCCGUCGACCAAACCUGCCCAGCUAAAUACUCGCUCUCUCGCUACAGCUUCUCCUAAUUAACAGCUCCAUUAGCACGAGCUGCGGGGAGGGAUUUCGAGGAUAAACGGAGCUCGCGGUGCUCGGGGGCGAUGGGAGCCGUGCUGGAUUCGCACUUCUUGGCGCUUACGGCCAUCGUCACAGUGGGGUACCAGCUGCUGUUCUUCAUGGUCACAGCUCUCCUCCGGUUCGACAAGGUCACGGAUUUCGCAGGCAGUACAAACUUUAUCAUAAUCGCCAUCCUAACACUUGCGUUGAAGGGAUCAUGGCAUUUCCGUCAGAUUGUCCUGACAGUGCUAGUUGUAAUUUGGGGCCUUCGCCUAGGACUAUUUUUAUUAAUGAGGAUUAUGCAAUGGGGUGAAGAUCGCCGGUUUGAUAACAUGCGCAAUAAUUUGGGAAAGUUAGCAGUAUUCUGGAUUUUCCAGGCUGUCUGGGUUUGGACUGUCAGCUUGCCUGUUACUAUUGUGAAUGCAAGUGACAGAAACCCCUCGAUUGAAGCCAGGGACAUAAUUGGUUGGAUAAUGUGGUUGGUUGGGACAUGUGUGGAAGCAACAGCUGAUCAACAGAAGCUUGAGUUCAAGAAUUCUCCAAGUAAUAGGGGAAAGUGGUGCGAUGCAGGUCUUUGGAAGUAUUCCCGCCAUCCGAAUUACUUUGGGGAGAUAUUCCUUUGGUGGGGAAUAUUUGUAGCAUCAACUCCAGUUCUCUCAGAUGCGGAAUGGCUUGUAAUUCUUGGACCUGUAUUCCUAACACUUUUGCUUCUUUUUGUUAGUGGAAUCCCACUUCUUGAGUCAUCUGCUGAUAAGCGCCACAGACGAUCAGAGGAAUACUGUAUAUACAAGAACACUACAAGCCCUCUUAUCCCAUUGCCUCCUGCUUUGUAUGGAGCCCUACCUGCGUGGUUCAAGGUAGCUUUCCUCCUUGAGCUUCCCCUCUACAAUCCUGGCCCGGGAGGUGAUCCCGUCAGUUGAAUGAAGCAUGCAAAUUGUUCUUCUGGUCUUCAGUGAUAAACAUGCAUAGUAUAUGUCUGCAGUCUAUUUACGUUGUUAUUGCGAACGGGACAAUUCUUUUCCCUUCGAAAGUUUCUCUACAGUUAUCACUCGUGAGGCUCAGAAUUUCCUCUCUUGCUUAAUGGAAUGGCAGAGCUCCUGCCUUUGGUUUUCCAAAAAAAAAAAAAAAAACUCAUGAGGCUCAGAAACAUAAAACAUGUAUCGUGUUGGGUUAAAGCUAUAUUUUCUUUUGUACCCCCCUUGUCUCCAUGUGUAGAUCAGUCGAUGAUCUGAACCAAUAGUCAGUACAUUUGUUCCUAA